AUGACGAAGCCAGUCAAGAACUAUGUGUCCAAGACGCGGCUCUUUGUGAUAUUGUUCUAUCGUUUCCUCCAGGCUUUCCUCGAGACGGUGCAAAACCGGACGUUUAUGGAGCACGUCUUUGAGGUAUGGCCCAAGCCCACUGUCAUCAGGGCCCUUUUCGUCGAUUGCGUACCCUGUCAGUGGUCCCGGGAAAUCCGCCAAGGAGAUCACUCGUAA